AUGGCGCCCGCCCGCCCCACGCGCUCCCGGAGCGGAGCCCUCUGCGGGCACCUGCUGCUGGCCCUCACGAUCUUAACGUUUACCUGUGAUGCCUGCAAAAAAGUCGUACUACAAGUUCCCUCCCAACUAGACGCUGAGAAAUUUGUUGGUAGAGUUAACCUGAAGGAGUGCUUUCAGUCUGCAAAUCUAAUUUAUUCAAGUGACCCUGAUUUCCAGAUUUUAGAAGACGGUUCUCUCUAUACAACAAAUGCUAUUCUUUUGUCCUCAGAGGAGAGAAGUUUUACCAUAUUACUUUACAACACUGAGAACCAAGAAGAAAAGAAACUACUUGUUCUUUUACAGCAUCAAACAAAGGUAUUAAAGAAGAGGCAUUCUAAAGAAAAAGUCCUAAGACGUGCCAAGAGAAGAUGGGCUCCUAUUCCUUGUUCAAUGCAAGAGAAUUCCUUGGGUCCUUUCCCACUUUUUCUUCAACAGAUUCAAUCUGACACUGCACAAAACUACACUAUAUUCUAUUCCAUAAGAGGACCUGGGGUGGACCGAGAACCUACAAAUUUAUUUUAUGUAGAGAGAGAUACUGGAAACCUGUAUUGCACUCGUCCUGUGGAUCGUGAGGAGUAUGAAUCUUUUGAGCUAAUUGCCUUCGCCACAACUCCGGAUGGAUAUACUCCAGAACUUCCACUGCCCCUGGUAAUCAGAAUUGAGGAUGAAAAUGAUAACUACCCAAUUUUUACAGAAACAACUUACGUUUUUACCGUUUCCGAAAAUUGCAGAGUUGGUUCUACCGUGGGACAGGUAUGUGCAACUGACAAAGAUGAACCUGACACGAUGCACACGCGUCUCAAGUACUCAAUCAUCGAGCAGUUGCCAGCAUACCCCACGCUGUUUUCCAUGCAUCCAGCUACAGGCGUGAUCACCACAUCAUCAUCUCAGCUAGACCGAGAGCUAAUUGAUAAAUACCAGUUGAAAAUAAAAGUACAAGACAUGGAUGGUCAAUAUUUCGGUUUGCAGACAACUUCAACUUGCAUCAUUAAUAUUGGAGAUGUAAAUGACAACUUACCAACAUUUACCCGUACUUCUUAUGUGACAUCAGUGGAAGAAAAUACAGUUGAUGUAGAAAUCUUACGUGUUACUGUUGAGGAUAAGGAUUUAAUGAAUACUGUGAAUUGGAGAGCUAAUUAUACCAUUUUAAAAGGCAAUGAAAAUGGGAAUUUUAAAAUAGUAACAGACCCCAAAACCAAUGAAGGAGUUCUGUGUGUGGUUAAGCCACUGAAUUAUGAAGAAAGACAACAGGUGAACCUACAGAUUGGCGUAGUUAAUGAAGCUCCGUAUUCUAAAGAGGCUAGUUCACAAUCAGUCAUGAGCACAGCAACAGUUACCGUAAAUGUAAAAAAUCAGGAUGAGGGCCCCGAGUGUAGCCCUGCAGUGCAAACCGUUCAAAUUAAAGAAAAUGUGCCAGUGGGAACAAAGAGCAAUGGAUACAAAGCAUAUGACCCUGAAACAAGAAGUAGCAGUGGCAUAAGGUAUAAGAAAUUAACUGAUCCGAAAGGGUGGGUCACAAUUGAUGAAAACGAAGGAUCAAUCACAAUUUUCAGAAACCUGGAUAGAGAGGCAGAGAGCAUCAGAGAUGGUAUAUAUAAUAUCACAAUUCUUGCGUCAGACAAAGACGGGAGAACAUGUACCGGGACCCUGGGAAUUACACUUGAAGAUGAGAACGAUAAUGGCCCAGUAAUACUAAAGCGGACAGUAGUAAUCUGCAAAACUGUCCUGUCAUCUGCGGAUAUUGUUGCUGUUGAUCCUGAUGGGCCUACGAAUGGCCCGCCCUUUGACUUCAGUUUGGAGAGUGAUCCUGAUUCAGACUUAGAAAGAAAGUGGAGAUUGGUAAAAAUUAACGAUACGGCAGCUCGUCUUUUCUUUCAGGAGGACCUUCCAUUUGGAACAUACCGAGUACCUGUCAGAAUCACAGAUAGACAUGGCCUGUCGCUCAUCACUCCAUUGAACGUUAUCUUAUGUGACUGUGUUACUGAAAACGACUGCGCGCUUCGCACAGAUGCGAGGACCGGCCAAGGAGAAGUGAGACUUGGAAAAUGGGCCAUCCUUGCAAUAUUGCUGGGCAUAGCCUUGCUCUUUUGUAUCCUAUUUACCUUAGUCUGUGGGGGUACUGGGGCAGCGAAGCAGCCCAAAGUAUUUCCUGAUGAUUUAGCCCAGCAGAACCUCAUUGUGUCAAACACAGAAGCUCCAGGAGAUGACAAAAUAUGCCCCACGAAUGGCUUCACAACGCAUACUGUGGGCAGUUCGGCUCAGGGAAUUUGUGGCACCCUGGGAUCAGGAGUGAAAAAUGGAGGGCAGGAAACCAUUGAGAUGGCGAAAAGCGGACACCAGACCCUGGAACCGUGCCGGGGGACUGGGCACCAUCACACCCUGGAUUCCUGCAGGGGAGGACCUGUGGAGGUGGACAACUGCAGAUACACCUACUCCGAGUGGCAUAAUUUGACUCAAACCCAUCUUGGUGAAAAGGUGCAACUGUGUAAUCAGGAUGACAAGCAUAAGCAUGCUCAAGACUAUGUCCUUACGUAUAACUACGAAGGCAAAGGAUCGGUGGCUGGUUCUAUAGGUUGUUGCAGUGAACGACUUGAAGAAGAUGGGCUUGAAUUUUUGGAUCAUUUGGAACCCAAAUUCAGGACACUAGCAGAAGCAUGCAUGAAGAGAUGAGUGUAUUCUAAUAAGUCUACAAAAGCCAGUGGCUUUAUCUCCCU